UAGCGCCGCCUCCCAGCGAUGCUGCAGACUUGUCGCUGGCGGUCCGCCAGAGACGACAUGAGCUGAGCAUCAUGGACUACGAUGAGAUGUCACGCCCUCCUGCGCGGGACGUUUCCCUGACAACGACCCAGGCGUCCUAGCAACAGCAGAGACGGAAGCUAACAAUUAGCAUAGCAGACUUCAUCCUCCUCUUCAUCGCGGUCGUGAUGGAGGACAUCGUGAAACCUCUGAAGAUCCCUGCUCAGAUGGCCAUCUACGCUGACCAGCACAACAUCCUCCACCUGGUGCAGAGCUUGGUGUCCAGCCUGGCGGUGGACCAGCCCGACGACCCUAUCUCCUACCUGCUGCUGCUGCUGCGGGACAGCAGCGUGCACGUUCCCAGAGUGGUUCUGCUCGGGCCACCUGCAGUGGGAAAACACACCCUCGCCCAAAAGCUGUGUGCUGAUCUGGGAGCAGUUCAUGUGACCAUAGAAUGUUUACUUGACAACCAAUCAGAGAUCAGCGAACAAGCACGCCAAUACACACUCAAACAACAGGUUCCUGAUGAUUUGCUGGUUCUGUUGAUUCAAGAAAGACUCAAACACACUGACUGCUUCAACAAGGGUUGGGUGCUGGAUGGACUUCCUCAGACUCGGCUGCAGGCUCGGAGUCUCCAGCAGGGCGGCGUGAUUGCCAAGCACGUUGUGAUCCUCGAGGCUCCUGAAGAAGUUCUGCUGGAGAGGUAUCGUGGAAGGCUGGUGGAUUCGCUGACAGGAGACGUGUACCACGAGACCUUCAUCAAGCCGGAUGUUGACGCCGUGGGGAAGGGUGUGGAGAAGAAAGUGUCUGAGAGUCAGCUGAUGGCCGAGCUGCAGCGUUACCGCUGUGAGGUCACAGGUUUAAGCUCCGCCUACUGCCACAUUUUGAAGACCGUUGAUGCUGACCAGCCUCCUCUUGACAUCUACCAACAAGUUCUGGCUUUUCUCCGGACUCAGCGUUGUUCUAGAACUCCCAGAAUCCUCCUGUUAGGUCCACCAGGAUCAGGGAAGACUCAUCAAGCCAAGCUGCUGGCUGAAAAGUACAAGAUGGUGGACGUAUGUUGGACUGAGCUGCUGAGAUGGGCUGAAGCUGACCAGUCAGCUGUGGGAGAAGAGGUCCGAUCACACCUGCCUGCUGCACUGCCAGACUCUGUGACCCUUCAACUUGUCCAAGAACGUCUGAGCCAAGUGGACUGCAGCUCCAGAGGAUGGAUCCUUCACCACCUUCCAUGUGACCUUCAGCACGUCAAACACCUGCAGCAGUCACCCAACUCACCCAACAGGGUUUUCUUCCUGGAGUUGACUGAUGACCUUUGCUUGGAAAGACUCACACUCAGAACCACAGACCCUGUCACUGGUCUCAGCUUUCAUGCUGUGACUCGACCCGCUCCGGAUUCUGAGGUCCAGAACCGUCUGCAGAGCAGAAGUGAGGACAGCACACGCACGGUCACACACGCACUCAGUGUGUACAGGACACACACUGCAGGCUUGCAGUGUGUGUUCCCAGAAGGCGUGCACAUCGAUGCUGAUCAGGAUCCUCAGAGUGUCUUUGAGGUUUUGGAGAAACAUCUCACCAGUGACUGACAACACUUUGUGUGUGCCGGUGUGCUCUUUCACCACGCACGUUGACUUGAAGGCGGAGCUUUGUGGUGAUUGACAGCUCAUACAAGUCUUUGUCAGGCAAUUUUGGUAAACGACUAUAAUUAAUCCUCCUCUGUAGUCCCUGCGUGAUUGACAGCUCUAUUUUAAGACUUCCUGUCAACAGCAGGAACUGGGGCGGCAGAGACAUGAUAUAUGACGGACACGUGGUCACGUCAGAUGUUAGUGUCUUGAGCAUUCCGUGCUUUUACUUUGUCCACGACUUAUUGUUUUUUGUAAUCCAAUAAAGAUGAUUACUACAAGUUCGACAAUCUUCACAAAGUCUGCUUUUUCACGCGA